AUGUCUCGCCAUCAUCCCGAUCUCGUAAUGUGCCGCAAGCAAUCCGGCAUCUCCAUCGGGCGCCUGUGCGACAAAUGCGACGGCAAGUGCCCCGUCUGCGACUCGUACGUGCGCCCCACGACGCUCGCGCGCAUCUGCGACGAAUGCUCCUUUGGCAACUACCAGAACAAGUGCGUCGUAUGCGGCGGCGAGGGCAUUUCCGACGCCUUCUACUGCUUCGAGUGCACGCGCCUGGAAAAGGAUCGGGAUGGGUGCCCCAAGAUUAUAAAUCUGGGUAGUAGUCGGACGGACCUGUUCUACCAGAAGAAGAAUUUUAGAAAUCAUUGA